CUGUCAUUCGAGCCAAAAACAGCGGGUCGCCGUCUUCGUUUUGUCGAUAGUUCGGCGAGUAACAGCGAAACCGCCAGCACAUGUACAGCCGCCUCGUGUCCACCACCAACAUCUUCACUUCCACCAUCGCAACAAUUCGACAAUGCUCCUCAUUUUCAACGUUCAGACGAAUGUAUGCUCGGCUCGUCCAGCAAUCCUGAGCCGCCACUCCUAUCGCGGAUAAUCGGAGUACCGCCACCGCCACCACCGCGUGCACCAACAACCGCUCUUGUUCUACGCAUCCCGCCAAGUCCGGCACGCAAAAAACCGCCACCGGUUGACACAAGAAACAAAUAUCAAGAAACUGCACUCAAAGAUAAAAAACCUGUAAAUCUUCUUCUUCUUUUUUUCCCACAUUUUCCAAACAUAAUAUGAGCAAUCCAUUAAAAAUCAGGAAACAAACAUUUUAACCCCCACCCCUCUUCUAUAUAUGAGGGCUAUAAUUAACUCAUUAAAAAUUCGUUGAUUUUUGCAGCGGACACCACUUGAAAAGGCUCGACAUCUUGACAAUCUACCGUCCUAUCAGGUUAGUUUUUUUGAUUCAACUUUUUUUGGAAAAUUUGAUUAUGAGAAAAUUAAUUGGAAAAAUUGACACUAAUAUAAAAAAAUUCAAUUUUUGGAGUUGGGAAAUUUGAUUUGCCAGGUGUUAUAAAUUGUGAUUACGGGGAGAUUUGAGGUUUUUUUUUAGAUUUUUGUUGUGUUUUUGAGGGGUUGAGAUUUUUCUGAAAGAAUAAAUUAAAAAAAAAUAUUUUCAGCCUCCCUGACACCUGAAAAAGUCUAGUUUGAUUUUGAAAUUUCAAAGAUCACAUUUUGAUUUCAGUUUUCAUGACUUAGGUAUUUCAAUAAUUAUUUCAUCAUUAUGAAAAAAUAUUUGUAAAAAUGUGAAAAUAAUUUUAAAAAUUCAGAGUUUCUUUUUUUCCGAAAAUCAAUGUUCAAUGUUUGAAACCUUAGCCCUGGAUGUGAGAAAAUGUCAAACCUAGGCUUAAAGUUUUCUCCUCUUCAGUGUUUUUUUUUGCAGAAAAAAUGUGUAAUUCUGGAAAGUAAUUCUGAAAAUCGGAAUUUUUGGAACUUUUAUUUUCAAAUUUUGAUUUGAUGAUUAAUUUUCUAACCUAGUAAUUCAAAUAACAGUUGCUCAUAGGUCAUCUGAAAAUGUAUGUAGUUCAAUUCUGAAUUUUUUCGAAAACUCAGAAAUUUUCAAAUAAACUUUGGAUAACUUCAGAAGUCUAAACCCUGAAGAAAAAGUUUCUCUUCAAAUUUUUCUAGAAAUUGAACAAAAUUAUUUUUAUCAUGUUUUUCUGGUACCAAAAAGCCUUUUUCAAAAACCCAUACAAUUUUUGAUGUAUGUAUCUCAUUUUAUCCAAAAGGAAAAAUUCUAGAGUAGUUGUUUUUCUGGUGAUAUUAUAGUUAUAGUUAUUAUUAUUUACAAACAUCUAGCGUAUUCUCGAAUAACUAACAUCUGCUAAUAAAUGACAAGUUGUCGUAUGUUCGCAUCCUUCCAAUCUAUCUUGUUUUAUUUCACUUAUUUUUUUUUCAUUUCAUGUGUGUGUUCCUGAAAUGUUGGAGCACAUGUAUCAUCAUUUUCUUCUUCUUCUUCUUCUUGUUCAAAGAAAAAAGAAACCGCAGAAAAAAGAAAUACAUCAUCCGUAUAAUAUUCGAUAAGGCAUGCGACACUUUUUUUUUUCAAUUUCUAUCCAUAUUAUCUACCCAAAUUGAAAACCAUUAUUUGGGGUUGGGGUGGUCCUUGCGCGGAGGACCAACAACAUUUGUGUACGGCUGGAUAAUCUAUUUUGGACAUAUAUAUGUAUACAUUUAUAUGAAUGUAUAUUAUAUUUUGAUUCAAUUAAAUGAUUUUGCUGCGCACCGCCCGACGUUUUUCUCGUCACACGAGGCCAACAUUUUUUCGAGACACCACUUGUGAUCACUGUUUCAUAAAUAUGGUGGUAAUAUUUUUUAGUUUGUUGAGAAAUUUUCAAAAUUUCUUAAAAAUUUUCAAGGAACAUUAGAUGUUCUGGACCUUGUUGGAGAUAGUCAAAUUUUUUUUCAAACUGAAAUUUUAUUCUGAAUAUGUUUGGCAUCAACAGUUUUUUUUAGAAAAAAAAAUCAGAAAUACCUGAUUAUUCCUGAACCGAGAUAUCCAGAUUUUCAAAAUUAUUUCAGAAUUUCUGUAAUUUCGCAACUGAAAUUUAUUGUUCAAAAUUUCAUUCCAAACCGAAUCAGUAAAUUAUUUGUACUUUUCCCAAUGAUAAUUAUGAAAUUUUGAUUUUUAUGAUUAAUUUUUGGCUGAUUUCUUUCUGGAUUACUAUAAUUUAAAUCCAACUUGAAAAUUUGAAAACAGUAUUUCUAGAUUUCUUGAAAAUUUUAAAUAAAAAAAAAAACAAAAACUCAAGUGACUCAUUUCCCAAAAAAAAAUUCGUUAUUUUUCGGUCGUUUUUCUCAAAGUCGUUGUGCAGUCUUGAAUCAGCUUAUCCCCUCCUCCCAUUUUCCCGUCCAAAAGCAUGCACUUUUCUCAAAAAGAUUAUGCUUUUUGUUUUCACUUUAUGUUAUGUUAUGACUUUGUUUCCCAACAACAACAACAUUUUGGCGCAACAACAACAAGUAAAAAGUUCCUGAAAAGUAUCUUGCUCCUCUAUCGAGCUGCCCAUAAUUUUAUUUGGUUGAUCACCUAGAACCCCUUUUCCUCCCCUUCUUUUUUUGGAGAAGGGCGAAAGGAAAAAAGAGGCCUUCAGGGCACUAGACUACUUUUUUCUUCCCGUUUUUUCCUGACAACUCACUUUUGUUUCUUUUUUUCACACUUGUACUCAUGUCAUCUCAAAUCUAACUGAUAUUUUUCAUUGAUCUAAAGAAGAUUCCACCAAUUAUGUGAUCUGUUUUGGGGAUUUGUUGCACCAAUGUAUCAUUCAAAACAAGCCAAUACAAAAUAUAUAAAAAAGGUAAAUUGAAUUAUAAACUGGUGGUUGGGCUUGAAUAAUUAAUUGAAUUCUGGGCGAGAGAAAAAAAAAAUGAGAUUUUUCUCAAAGAUAUGGUAAGUAUAAAUAAAUUGAAUUUAUUUAGUGUCAAUUUUUCCAGUUUUUCUCAUUUAUUUACGCGGUUUUCUCUUUUUUUAAGCAAAAAAAAGGGCAAAAAUUAUUUUCAGAUUCCUUUUUUCGCCCUCUAACCCUUUUUUUGUAGGCUCAAAAACUAUUAGACGGAUCGCAUCAACUUCGAAUCGAUUCGCAUCACGUGGGAGCCGCUGGACACGGAGCCGGUUCUGGUCACGGACACAAAAAAGAGUUUGGUCCAGCCAUGAUAUUGUAUUAUUUGGCGUCGGCGUUUCGUGCGCUUUAUCCGCGUCUAGAUGAUGAUUUUGUCGAUAAAUUAAACUAUUAUUAUACUACCACAAUUUGUGAGUUUUUAUUUUUGGAAAUACAUGGUGACAUAAAAAACUGUUUGUUUCAUUUUUUUGGUCACCCUGUAUAUGUAGAUUUCCGUUUAAUUUCAGUGCCGAAAAUACGGAAAGGUUCAGAAACCAGCAUUUUGUCGGAAGCAAUUGAAAAUGUGGUCUUUGUUUUCUAACAGAUUUUUCUGUGAAAUUUAUGAAUUUUGAAAAUGUCAGGCAAGAAAGAAUUUUACCUCCAACAAGAAAAAAUCAUAAGAUUUCAAAAUAAAAAAAAUCACAAAAGCCUUGCCUGAAACUCAAAAGUUCAAAAUCAGCUUGGUCGACUUCGUUUCAUCAAUAUUGAAAUUUCAAAUUAUGCUCUUAAUAUGAGCAAUCCCACCAAAGAAUCCAGAUUUUCUAAAAGUAUUCCUAAAAAUCUCAAGUUUCCAAAUGUUCAAAAUAUGAAAAUUUCAAAUUUUGAUUGAAAUCAACUUUUUCCACAGUCUCCCCUGCUUCCCUCAAACACAGAAGUUAGCCUAUUCUCGAACAUCUUGAGAAACGUCUUUAUCGGAUAUUGUGUGCAAGUGAGAAAAAAGCGGGGAAAUUGAAUUUUGGACAAAAGUAGUUCAGCGAGAAGAAAAUAAAUAAAUUGAGUAACACAUCCGUGACAUUUUUUCUCAUUCACUGAAGAAAAAAUUCGAGCAUUUUUCACAGUAUGCAUUUUUUUGGUAUCAGGAAAACAAUUUUUAAAUUGAAAAUCGUUUCGUGAGCAAAAAAUAAGUUAUGCUCUUUUGAAAGAGCAUCUUCUAAUUGGUUGAAUCCUCAAAGAUUUUUUUUUCUGGAAGCUUCUCAAACAAAUUUAAAAGAAUAGUUUAACAAAAUAGUUUAACAAAUUUCAGAUAAAAAUGAGUUUCAUACCCAAUUUAGUGCUGAAAUUUAAAAUUUAAAAUUUCAAACAAAUUUUCUGGAUUUUCUGGUUUCAUCUUUCCGGCACAGGUCAAUUUUUUAAAUGUCAGAGAUCUACAAAAUUCAAUUAUUUCAUUACAGUAGCAUCAUUUGCUCUUCUGGUAUCAGCAAAACAAUAUGUCGGUUUUCCGAUUCAAUGCUGGGUUCCGGCCACAUUUACCGAUGCCAUGGAACAAUAUACCGAAAACUAUUGUUGGGUCCAAAACACGUAUUGGGUUCCAAUGCAAGAGGAUAUACCUCGCGAGAUUUAUUCACGUCGAAAUCGUCAAAUCGGCUAUUAUCAAUGGGUUCCAUUCAUUUUGGCGAUCGAAGCGUUGUUGUUCUAUGUGCCAUGCAUUUUGUGGCGCGGAUUGUUGUAUUGGCAUAGUGGAAUCAAUCUGCAGGGUUUGGUGCAGAUGGCGUGCGAUGCGCGUUUGAUGGAUUCGGAAGUGAAGACGAGAACUGUUUAUACGAUGGCGAGACAUAUGCAAGAUGAGGUUCAGGUGAUUACUAACACAAACAAUUCAUGUGAUUGGAGGGAGAGCGAGAGAGUGGAGAGAGUGGAGAGAGAGAGAGAGAGGGGGAGAUCCCUCCAAUCACACACUAUUCUAACAACCUUAUUUACCCUGUGAGUGUUGUGAACUUCAGUCUAGAUGUUUAAGAAUAUUUUUCAAGGAAUAUCAAAAAGCUGUCAAUUUUUUUGUGCCAGCUAAUUUUUGUUUACAAAUUCUUGGACAACCUUCAAAAAAAAGUUUCAAAACUCAACAUAGCAGUUCAUCAAGGAAAUUGUCCGCAAUCUCUCGAAGUCCUCAUUUUUCCCACUUCUUACCAACACCUUCUAAACCCUAACUAUCCUCCCCAAUUUUCCAGUUAACAAACGUGGAUCGCAACGCGCACAGUAGGAGUUGUUUUUCAAAUUUGCAAAUGGGCGCAAAUUGUGGCCGUCACUGUGGAUGUUACGUGACAAUGCUAUAUAUUGGCAUCAAAGUGUUAUAUUCGGCCAAUGUGCUUCUUCAAUUCUUUUUGCUCAAUCAUUUAUUGGGUUCGAAUGAUUUAGCAUAUGGUUUUUCAUUGCUAAAAGAUUUAAUGCACGAAAUCGAGUGGGAACAGACGGGAAUGUUCCCAAGAGUUACACUUUGCGAUUUUGAAGUGAGAGUUUUGGGAAACAUUCAUCGACAUACUGUGCAAUGUGUUCUAAUGAUCAAUAUGUUCAAUGAAAAGAUUUUCCUCUUCUUAUGGUGAGUUAGAAGAAGUCUGAAUUUUUUUCAUUAAAAUGUGAAUUUUUUGUUUUUUAGGUUCUGGUUCCUGACAUGUGGCAUCAUAACAGUGGCCAAUACAAUGUACUGGAUUUUGAUCAUGUUCAUCCCAAGUCAGGGAAUGUCAUUCGUCCGCAAGUAUUUGAGAGUUUUACCAGAUCAUCCAGCAAAACCUAUUGCGGAUGAUGUGACACUUCGAAAGUUCACUAACAAUUUCUUAAGAAAAGAUGGUGAGUUGGAAGAAUUCCCCGAAAGUGGUUGAUAAUUUACAGAUUUAAAAAAAUCUAUUCUGAAGUUGGAGAAAGUUUAGUUACGUCAACUCUCUUCAGACAAACUUCAGAAGCAUCUUUUGAAAUAUUUUUCAUUUUUUUCCGAAGAAAUUUAUCGUUGCGAAACUUUUUGACAUUUAAAAUUAAUUUUAAAAAUUCAAGACCACUUUCAAAAAACUCAAUUUUUCCAGGAGUAUUUAUGCUUCGUAUGAUCUCAACACAUGCCGGUGAAUUAAUGAGUAGCGAGCUUAUCCUUGCACUUUGGCAAGAUUUCAACAACGUCGAUCGAAGUCCAACACAAUUUUGGGACGCUGAACAUGGUCAAGGAACACUGGAUUAA